AUGUCAACCCAAUUCCAACCUAAACAAACCAACACCCCUUUAUCUUCAUUUGACGGGACUGUUCCUGUAAGUAAACCAAACUCAAAACAACACCAUCCCAAUCAGCCCCAACAAAAGCAACAACAACAACAACAACAAGACAAGACAUAUGCUUUGCCAACCAGCCCUUCGUCGUUGGACCAUAGUGAGAGUCACAAAACACCGAUGUUUACCUUUGAUGGAUAUGAAUUAUCCAAAGGAGAACAAGCAGAAGCAGAGGAUGAGGAUGGGGAAACUAAGGAUGACCUCAACCCUUACCAAUACGGCAUUGAACCACCAGCAAUUUUCGAACGUUCAGUCCAAGAUUGUUGUUCCCCUCAUAGAACCAACUCCAUCAUAUCACUCACAAACACCUUGAACAACUACACCCCAUCGUCGUCGGCCACCACCACCACCACCACCAACAACAACAACAACAACAACAACAACAACAACAGCUCCACUGUGAACCCAAACAACAGCAGCAGCAGCACCAGUAUCUCCAAUUUAACUGGCAGUAUCCAUAGCUGCACCGCCUCUUCAGGCAGAAGAAGAUCAUUCACCAAAAGACCUAGAUCAUCGACCACCACUUCUUUCAACAACCGUCUUGAAGACUCAUUCACCCCCUUGAACUCACUCAUCACCUCAUUUGACCCCAACAGCGACAACAUCCCCACUUUGUUGCCAAUGUCACCAAAUAGUCCACCCAAGUUGAAACACACUCAAUCUCAGUUGAAUUGCUGUUCUUAUGCCGAGUUGAUAAGUGAUGAGUCAUGGUCUACUCGUUCUCCAAAUGGUUCCUUUAGUGGCGCAAGUGGCGCAAGCAGUUUAGCUGGUCCUAGAAGAGCUCAACAACAACCGCCACCAAUCAGAUCAAUACAGUCUGCGGGAGGAGUUCCUACUUUGAGAUCUCCAAAAUGGAGAAAGUAG